GAUCUUCUUCUGGAAUAGAAAAGGCACCACCCCUCUUCUGAAGCAAUCUCCUUCUCUUAUUUCUUCACCCCGGGCCCAAAGCAGGUGAUUUGAUAAGCUGGUAGAUUUAAGAACCCUCUUGGGAAGACAACAUUCAGAUCUUCUGGCAAAGGCAGUUCUUCUGGUAAAUAUAGCACAGAAGAGGUUUUUGGGAUGUCUGAAUCCACAUCAGACAUUAUGGAGUUUAGCGGGACUCAUCAAGCCUUCCGGGACCGCUGGGCGAAGACAGAUGAUGAGAUGUGCAAGCACAGUAUGUCUUUUCACUUGCACAACACUCUGAGGAAGGAGUUUUUCGCCAGCUACCUGUAUCUCCUGGAGCAGAUUCCUCUGGUAAAACUCUAUGCCGUGACUUGUGAGUACAUUAAAGGGGAGAAGCAGUUUUACUACAGGGCACAGAACUUCUACAAAGAUGUCCCGGCAUCCGAAGAGGGCAUGAUGGGAGAUUUCGUGGAGAUAUCAGAGAUUGACCUUGAGGGAUCAAGACAGUUCCUAAAGAAGUUUGUUGGUCCGGGAAAGGCGGGCACCAAGCGUGCGUUAGACUGUGGCUGUGGAAUUGGUCGAGUGUCUAAAGGGGUUUUGUUUCCUGUAUUUGAAUGCAUGGAGAUGGUAGACAUGAUGGAAGAGUUCAUCCUUCACGCUCAUGAAUGUUACCUUGGAGAUUAUGCAGACCGGGUGGAAUCCUACUUCCUUUACAAUCUGCAAGAAUUUAUCCCAGCUCCACAAAGAUACGAUGUCAUCUGGAUGCAGUGGAUUGCCUGUCAUCUUACUGAUAAAGACCUGAUGGAGUUUUUAGCUCGUGCUAAAGAAAGUCUGAAGCCCAACGGUGUGAUCAUUAUUAAGGAUAACAUGGCACGACAGGGCUGCAAGCUGGAUCCCAUCGACAGCAGCAUUAUUCGCCACCUGGACAUCAUGAAGAAUAUCAUUCAGGCCGCAGGUCUCACCAUACUGGACGUGGAGAAACAGGAGGGGUUUCCUGAGGUCAUCGUACCUGUAUGGAUGAUUGCCAUGCGCUGACCCACCGAAUGAAGAGGUGGUUUAAAGUAACGAGUUUUGAGUAUUUAUUCUCAAUGCUUUUAAUGCACUUAGUUUACAUUCUAUUUUUUUAAUGCACAUUUAAUUCCACUUAGCUUCCAUUUACCAGCUAAUAUGUAAAAUACUAUUAACUUAUUUUCGAUCUAUGAAAAUCUGUGUUUUUUGGAAACAUACAUUUCCCCUUUGGUAUUCAAACUACUACACUGAAAAAAUUAUUCAUUGAAUUUGCAAAUGAAAAUUUGCAUUGAAAUUUUUUACGGUAAGUAUUUUAUUUACGCAAAUAAAUUAUCUAAAUUUAGAUGUAUGCCUUUAGUUGAACUUACUCAAUUGUUUUUAUGCCUUAAAUUGAGUUUAUCUAAGUAAAAAUAAGUAGAAUUCACCAAUGCUACUAUUUUCUAAUCAUGUUACUGUUAGUUUUACUUAAAUCUAGAAAUAAAAAAACAGAAACUCUUUCAAAUACUAAUAUAACAACAUAUUAAACAUGAAUAAGUCCCCUCUUUUUUAUUAAUUUAAUUAAAAAUGCAUAAAAUAACCCUUUAUUUUGAUAUUUACUCUCAUUAUUCAGUCUCAUGCAAAGCAUGCUGGGAACUGGAAAUCCCUGCCCAGUUUUAGCAAUAUUUCUUCUUUAUUACAACACAAAUUACUCAUGUAGUCCCAACUUAAAGGG